GCAAAUCAUGGGGAAGAAGGCAGUGUUGAUAGGAUGCAAUUACCAGGGAACCAAGGCUGAGCUCAAGGGCUGCAUCAACGAUGUCAACCGAAUGUACAACUCCCUCGUCAAUCGCUUCGGCUUCUCCCAGGACGACAUCACCGUCCUCAUCGACACCGAUCCCGAUGGCGUUCAGCCUACCGGCAAGAACAUUCGCCGCGCCCUGCUUAAUCUCAUCCGAUCUGCCCAGCCCGGCGACAUCCUCUUCGUCCACUACAGCGGCCACGGCACUCGACUCCCUGCCGAGACCGGAGAGGACGACGACACCGGCUACGACGAGUGCAUCGUCCCUACUGACAUGAAUCUUAUUACCGAUGACGAUUUCAGGUCUUUUGUGGACAAGGUUCCGGAGGGUUGCCGCAUUACGAUAGUGUCGGAUUCGUGCCACAGCGGUGGCCUGAUCGAUGAGGCUAAAGAGCAGAUCGGGGAGAGCACCAGGCUGCAACAAGAGCAAGAAUCGGGAUCUGGAUUCGGAUUCAAAAGCUUCCUGCACCAAACCGUGCAAGGUGCGAUUGAAUCUCGCGGAAUUCAGCUGCCUUCGGCCUUGCAACACCACCGCCACCACCGCCGCCGCCACCACGAGGAGGAUGUGGAUGAGGGAGGAGUGGAUGCGGAGUACGGAGAUCGCGGCUAUGUGAAGAGCAGAUCUCUGCCGCUUUCAACUCUUAUCGAGAUACUCAAGCAGAAAACUGGUAAAGAUGACAUUGAUGUCGGGAAACUGAGGCCAACGCUUUUUGAUGUUUUCGGUGAAGAUGCGAGUCCCAAGGUGAAGAAGUUCAUGAAUGUUGUUAUGAACAAGCUCCAACAAGGCGGCGAGGGUGGAGGCGAGGGCGGAGGGUUCUUGGGAAUGGUUGGGAGCCUGGCGCAGGAUUUCCUGAAGCAAAAGCUUGAAGAAAACAACGAAGACUACGCGAAACCUGCGUUGGAGACAGAAGUGGGAAGCAAGCAAGAGGUUUAUGCAGGGUCCGGGAAGAGGGCACUGCCAGAUAAUGGGAUUCUGAUCAGCGGCUGCCAGACUGACCAGACAUCCGCGGAUGCCAGCCCAUCUGGAAACUCUGCUGAAGCUUAUGGGGCUCUGAGCAACGCCAUUCAAACCAUAAUUGAAGAAUCGGACGGAAGUAUUCGGAACCAGGAGCUUGUUUUGAAGGCCAGGGAGACGCUGAAGCGCCAGGGCUUCACUCAGCGCCCUGGACUCUACUGCAGCGAUCACCAUGCUGAUGCUCCAUUCAUCUGCGACAUUUAAAACGAGGGCAGUGGAU